AUGCCCCAGGCGGCCGGUGGCUUCUGGUGGCAAGCAUGUGGGCACGGAAGUGGCUCUCAUCUGGGAGACCAGCCUGUGCCAAGCCCUGAAGACACAGGAGCGGACAAAGGUCUUGGGUCUUCAGAAGCUUUGCCACAACCAUGGCCAAAAGGAAGCCACGGCUGGUCCUCACUUGGCACGGAACGUACCCAGGGGCUGAGCCUGCAGCGGGGCCCUCGCGACCCUUCUCGGGCCGGCGUCUGGGGAGGAACUGACCGCCGACCCUGCCCGGGGCGCUCGUCUCCUGACGCCACGUCCAGUCUUUCCGCCCGAGGCUCGCCCUCCAGUGCCCGCCACGCCUGCCCGAAGCGCUCCUCGAGGGCUCACCUACCUGCACCCCCAGAACCCGAAGGACGGGCCCCGGCGGCUCCGAACCCCACAACCGCGGGCACCACCCGGUCGCGCCAGAACCGGAGUGGGGGCGGGGUGGAAGGGUUCCCGGUGAAAUCGCCCUCCCCCCCGCAGGGGACCCUCUGGCCGGCCGCCAAAGCGCGGGGACGCCCAAAGCGGCGUUCCGAGGACCCCGCGCGCCCCGGCCCCGGCCCCCCGCCAAGCCCGCUCUUCCGCAGCAACUUGGAGCGGGGCUUGGCGCCGGCUGCUCUGGAAGUGGCUGCUGAAGGCGCUCAGCCACCGGGUCCUGCCCCCAGGGGAGUCCAAACUGCAGGCGGGCGGGACAGAGGCGCCACCGCGGCUCCAACGGCCGCGUCUCCACCCCAGGCCCGCCGCGGGCCCGCCGAAGGGCAGCGUCAGCCGGGACCCCGUGGGGGCCUGCGUCCCGCCUCCGGGGAGCGCUGCCCGCGCGCCCUGCCCGCCGGAGCCCCCUGCCCGCGCCCCGCCCGCCGGAGCCCCCUGCCCGCGGCCCGCCCGCCCGAGCCCCCUGCGCGCGCCCUGCCCCCGGAGCCCCCUCUGCGCGCCCUGCCCCCGGAGCCCCCUGCGCGCCCUGCCCCCCGGAGCCCCCUGCCCGCGCCCUGCCCACCGGAGCCCCCUGCCCGCGCCCUGCCCACCGGAGCCCCCUCUGCGCGCCCCGCCCGCCGGAGCCCCCUGCGCGCGCCCUGCCCACCGGAGCCCCCUCUGCGCGCCCUGCCCGCCGGAGCCCCCUGCCCGCGCCCCGCCCGCCGGAGCCCCCUGCCCGCGGCCCGCCCGCCCGAGCCCCCUGCGCGCGCCCUGCCCCGGAGCCCCUCUGCGCGCCCUGCCCCCCGGAGCCCUGCGCGCCCUGCCCCCCGGAGCCCCCUGCCCGCGCCUGCCCACCGGAGCCCCCUGCCCGCGCCCUGCCCACCGGAGCCCCCUCUGCGCCCCCGCCCCGCCGGAGCCCCCUGCGCGCGCCCUGCCCACCGGAGCCCCUCUGCGCGCCCUGCCCGCCGGAGCCCCCUGCCCGCGCCCCGCCGCCCGAGCCCCCUGCGCGCUCCCUGCCCGCCGGAGCCCCCUGCGCGCUCCCUGCCCCCCGGAGCCCCUCUGCGCGCCCUGCCCCCCGGAGCCCCCUGCGCGCACCCUGCCCCCGGAGCCCCCUGCGCGCCCUGCCCCCGGAGCCCCCUGCCCGCGCCCUGCCCACCGGAGCCCCUCUGCGCGCCCCGCCCGCCGGAGCCCCCUGCCCACCGGAGCCCCCUCUGCGCGCCCUGCCCGCCGGAGCCCCUGCCCGCGCCCCGCCCGCCCGAGCCCCCUGAGCGCUCCCUGCCCCCGGAGCCCCUGCGCGCUCCCUGCCCCCCGGAGCCCACCUGCGCGCUCCCUGCCCCCGGAGCCCACCUGCGCGCGCCCUGCCCGCCGGAGCCACCUGCCCGCGCCCUGCACCCCGGAUCCCACCUGCCCGCCGGAGCCCACCUGCCCCCCGGAGCCCUGCGCGCCCUGCCCCCCGGAGCCCCUCUGCGCGCCCCGCCCGCCGGAGCCUCCUGCGCGCUCCCUGCCCCCCGGAGCCCCCCCCUCUGCGCGCCCUGCCCCCCGGAGCCCCCUGCGCGCCCUGCCCCCGGAGCCCACCUGCGCGCGCCCUGCCCGCCGGAGCCCACCUGCCCGCGCCUGCACCCCGGAUCCCACCUGCCCGCCGGAGCCACCUGCCCCCGUAGCCCCUGCGCGCCCUGCCCCCCGGAGCCCCUCUGCGCGCCCGCCCGCCGGAGCCCCCUGCGCGCGCCCUGCCCCCCGGAGCCCACCUGCGCGCGCCCUGCCCGCCGGCCCACCUGA